AUGAAACCCAGCGUCUCCCCUCCCCCUCUGCCCGGUCCUCCACUGCUGCACGCUUCCACUUCAGCGAACCACACGGUGAUGGAGGAGGUGAUGGAGGAGGUGAUGGAGGAGGUGAUGGAGGAGGUGAUAGAGGAGGGGAUGGAGGAGGUGAUGGAGGAGGUGAUGGAGGAGGUGAUGGAGGAGGUGAUGGAGGAGAUGAUGAAGGAGGUGAUGGAGGAGGUGAUGGAGGAGGUGAUGGCCGUGUAG